GUUGACAUUUGAAACAGCAUACUACUCUUACUAUUUCUGACUGCAAUAUAAAGCUAGUAUGCAGUUAUCAAUGCAGCCACAUUUCCUAUUGAAACAGGAAGUUGGGGUGGAUGCAUUAAAGACCUUGACCUUUUUUAAAACAACCAGUAGCCUUUCAUUUUCAUGACAACCCGAGAGUAUCCACAGUUUUUACUGAGGAUGAAAGCAAUGAAGACUCUUUACAAUGAACAGCGGACUAUUUCUCACCAAUUCCCGAGUGAUGAAGAAGAAAAUUAUUCUGCAUUUGUUUUUGGAUUAUGGAUCUGAGGGAGAAGAUCCUGAUGAAGGAUGAGGAUGACAGAGCAAUUAUGCUUGUCAGAUACCCCCCAGCUGAAGAAGCUUCUGUUAAAUAAGAGUCAUCUUACCUUUAAGAGCUGUUGCGUUACUACAGAGGGCGGUGCAGGGGCAGCAGUGUGAUGGAGGCUGGCCCUGGGGCGUGAGUUUACUCCAGCUAACUCCAAAACAGCUGAAGAUAGGGGGGCUGAAAGAGACACCAGUGAUCCUCGCUCAAGGAGGGGCAUAAAAACACUUCAGGUGCUUUUUGAUCGGGUUUUAUAAGGAGAUCUCUGCUGGAUCUCCCUCACUGCGCUCCGCCCGGUGCUUGAGGACAGAAGAUGCCCAGGCAGUUCCUCUGCCCAGUGUUCGGCUCGUCACUGUGGUUGGCACUGAUACUCCAGUCUCUCAUUUCCUCCGCCGCUACCUACAGGAGACCAGUGUCCGGAGGGAAGAGACAGAGCUUUCUGGAGAGAACCUUGAUUUUACUGGACGUGAAUACUCGAAGCCCGGUGAAAGUUUUGAAUGACAACUUCCUCUCGUUGCAGUUGGAUCCAUCUAUCGUAAAGGAUGGCUGGCUGGACUUCUUAAGCUCCAAGCGGUUAGUCACUCUGGCACGGGGACUCUCUCCAGCUUAUUUGAGGUUUGGGGGCAAACGGACCGACUUUCUCCAGUUUCAUAACCUGAAGAAUCUUGCAAAGUUUAGAGGGCCUGGACCAGACUAUUACCUCAAAAACUAUGAAGAUGACAUAGUGCGCAGUGACUUCGCUCUGGACAAACAAAAGGGUUGCAAGCUGGCCAGCCACCCAGACAUGAUGCUGGAACUGCAGCGGGAGAAAGCGGCUCAGAUGCAACAGGUCUUGUUGAAAGAACAGCUCUCCAACAUCUACAGCGAUGUCACAUUAACAGCCAGGUCUUUAGACAAACUUUACAACUUUGCCGACUGCGCGGGACUGCACCUGAUCUUUGGGCUGAAUGCCUUGCACAGAAACCCUGACAACUCAUGGAACACCUCCAGUGCUCUGAGUCUGCUCAAAUACAGCGCCGGCAAAAAAUACAACAUCUCCUGGGAGCUCGGCAAUGAGCCCAACAGUUACCGCACAAUGGCUUCUCGAUCAGUCAACAGCUCUCGCCUGGCUCAGGAUUACUCUCUUCUGAAGACGUUACUGCAGUCGGUGCGUUUCUACAGCCGAGCAAACCUCUACGGGCCCAACAUUGGCCGUCCUCGAAAAAAUGCAAUCCUGUUACUAGAUGGGUUUAUGAAAAACGGUGGUUCUGUGGUUGACGCAGUAACGUGGCAACAUUACUACAUUGACAGGCGGGUGACCAAAGUAGAAGACUUCAUGAAGACAAGACUUCUGGACACCCUGUCUGAGCAGAUUACCAAGGUGUUGAAGAUUGUUCAAACUCAUGCUCCAGAGAAGCGUGUGUGGCUGGGUGGAGUUGGUCCAGCUUGGGCAGGGGGCACCAAUAAUUUAUCCGACACAUUUGCUGCUGGUUUUCUGUGGCUCAACACUCUCGGUAUCGCCGCAGCUCAUGGAAUUGAUGUUGUGCUCCGACAUUCUUUUUUUGAUUAUGGAUACAACCACCUCGUCGACCAGCACUUCAACCCUUUACCUGAUUACUGGUUAUCUCUGCUCUUUAAACGUCUGGUGGGCCCGAGGGUGCUUGCGGUGCACGUCGCAGGUCUCCAGAGGAAACCACACCCUGGACGGGUGAUCCGGGACAAACUCCGCAUCUAUGCGCACUGCACCAGCUUUCACAAUCACGAUUAUGUCAGAGGGUCCAUAACCAUCUACAUCAUCAACCUGCAUCGCUCACGGAAAAAAAUCAAGCUGGCCGGGACUUUACGAAAUAAAACUGUUCACCAAUACCUGUUACAGCCCUUCGGCACAGAUGGACUUCACUCCACGUCUGUGCAGCUGAACGGAGAGCCCUUGCGUAUGGUGGACAAUGAGACGUUCCCUGAGCUGAAGCCACGGACACUCAGGGCAGGAAGAACGAUAGCCAUGCCACCUGUAUCUAUCGGCUUCUACGUCAUCAAGAAUAUUAAUGCCUACGCCUGCCGCAGAUAACACACACUGACCGACCUCAGACCAUCCUCGUGGCCUUCUCCUCUUUUUAUAAGCCCACAGAGACGUAGAAAAGACUCCUUGGUUCAAGCAAGGGUUGCACUGAAUGCUUCCAACAACAUUUCUCCUCUUUUUUUAACCACAAGAAAAGCUCGACUUGUGGAAAGUGAAUGUAUUUUGGUUGCCCUUUUGUGGGGGUUUUUGUCGCUUUCGGUUGCAGGAGUGUAGUGAAGUCUCACGGUGCUUCACGGAGAGCUUUGUAAUCCGAUGUUGAGGACCAGCGUAGGCUAUGAACCCAGCGCCAGUGUGCGGGUUCAGAUGCUGUGCGGCGAUUAUGAAGUAGAUCGAUCAGAAUCGGUCCUUUUUCACAUUUUCUGCGGUAAUUUUGUGGGAAAAUCUGUGCAAUGAGGUUGAACAUGGUAAAAUGUGUUAAACAGAUAUGACAGCACUACAUUCUCAUUGGUAGCUAGAAACAUUAUCAGAUUAGCCAAAAUAUUUUAAUGAUGAAAAUGCACAGGACGCAAGCGACAGCCGUUUCAAUUCUCCGGAGUUCUGUGGGUGCGGAUUCUGUGUGGGCCUGUCUGUCAGCUUAAUGUGAUUUAGCCGAGUAGGACGUGUUCCUGGAUCAACAUCCUUGUUGGUUCUUAAACAACAUUCCAGCUUGACAGCCAAUCAGAUUUUAGGGUUAGAUUUAAGGGACUUGAAUAUUGUUCUUUCAACCAAUCAUUUUAGAGGUAGGUUAUGCUUAGGGCUGCAAGUCUUAGAACUAUUAUUGCUGUUUCAGGACCAAAAAAGGAGGUCAAUCCUGCUAAAUCACAUUGUAAAAUUACAGUUUGAUCUGAAUUACAUCUCUCUUGUGUACUUUUUUGGAUUCUGGAGUCUAAAGCCACUCAAAAGGCACAGGGCCAAAUCUUGAUCCGUAAUCUUUCUUUUUCAUUGCAGGACAGUAAAUAUAAGCCUCCUAUUUAAAGCCAUCUUUAUAACUUUUAACACUGACCUUGUCCUAAAAAACAGCUUGCAGUCUUGGGUUCUCUCUUUUUUUUUUUUGUUCGGUUGCUGCUUUAUUAUUUCAAACUGUAUGACGAUGAAGGUACUACGGACAGAUAUACAGAUAUUUUCUAAAACAUCCUUAUAUUUUAUUGCAAAAUUAGAUAGGAAUCACAUAACACAAUCUUUAUGCAAUCUUUAUCGGUUCUCUGAGAAAUACUGCUUUAUAUUUAUAAUGUUUACAUGUUUGAUUUCCCGUUGUAGCUCAGACUCUUUUGAAGCUGAAAGGAAAGAGUAGGGAGUUUUUGAAGGCAUCGUUUUGCUUUAUGAAGAACUGUGUAUCAUAAAGUCGUUGCAGAGCUCAGGAAAUUAACUUGUCCAUUAGCAUCAUGUCCAAAGUUUUUUUUUUUUUUUUUUUUGCUAUAACAUUGUGAACCUGAGCUUAGUUCUCCAGAUUUCUUCUGCUAUAUUAACACUACCUUACUCUGUGUUGAUACUGGGGCCCUGGAAGGUGUUAGAUAAUUAAGCCACACUUGAAAAUGUAAAUACUUUUAGACAUUAUAUCAGUUCAAGUGGUAUUUAUUUUUCAAGCAAUACAUUUCACAAAUAUUAAUUUGUCAAGUCAUUUAAAAAGCAAUUGCAAAAAUGGCAAAGACAAGUAUCGUACAUUCUGAAAAAAAUCCCAUUUGGCUUGAUAUUCUGUCUUUUUUUGUUUUUGAAAACAUUUUAAGUGUCGCCAAAUUGUGCAUAUACUUUUAGGGCCACUAAUAAAUCCCAUGUACAGCGAUUAAGUUUUUGCUGCUAGCUGCCUUAAGUAAAAUUAAGCAAGAUGAGUGACAAAUGUUUUUGUACAGGUACAAACUUUUUUAUAUUAAUAAAUGUACAUACAAUUGGUUUUCGAUUUAAAUGGUGUGCUUCCUCGCUCUAUAAAAAUUAUUUAUAUAAAUGUAUAUGUGUGGUUAUGAGUGUUUGUGUGUGUGUGUGUGUGUGUGUGUGUGUGUGUGUGUAUAAAAACAGUUGACUUUUGUCCACAUUGGCAGAUAAUUAUAUUGUACUUUUUGUAAAACAUACAGCAGAGACUGAUUUUAAUGUUUAGCAAGGAAACUGCCCUUUGAAUUUCAAAUAUAUUGAGUUUCUCACAGUAUGCACACUUGUGUAUCACAAUGUUUUACAUUGUAUAUUCUUUGGUCACUCAUUCACAAUGCAAAAAAUAUCGAUUCAGCUUUCAAACGGUUUAUAUGAAUUCUGUAAUGUUGUUGUUUUUUGUUUUUUUUUCCUUUCCUCGGGCUUGGUUAUGGCAGCGUUUGAUUUUCCAGGGUCAAUAAUUCUGUUAGCAUCAUAAUAUUUCCUUAGAUUUGGAAGACUCUGUUGUGAUUUUAGAGCUUUAUAGGGUCUUUGAUUUGUAAAAUGACACUUUCACAAGCUAUUUUCCUCCUUGAAUGUGUUUAUUGCAAAUUUAGAGUUGUUAAUAUUUUUUCAGUU